AUGGCGUCUCCCAUGGAGUUGAGCUGCUGGGGAGGAGACUGGGGGCUGCCGUCCGUGCACACGGAGUCCUUGAUUGUCAUGGCUUAUGCCAGAUUUUCUGGUGCUCCAAUGAAAGUGAAUGCUAUUGAUAACUCAUGGAGAGCUCCAAAAGGAGAUGUGCCAGUGUUGAUAUCAGAAGACACAGUUAUUGCUCAGCCAGCAAAAAUACUAAACUUCUUAAGAAAACAGAAGUACAAUGCUGAUUAUGAACUAUCUGCAAAACAAGGAGCUGACACACUGGCAUACAUUGCACUGCUUGAAGAAAAACUGCUUCCUGCUGUGCUGCACACAUUCUGGGUCGAGGCAGAAAAUUACUGUACUGUGACAAAGCCGUGGUUUGCUUCAAGGAUUCCAUUUCCAUUGAGUUUGUAUCUACCUGGGAAGAUGUCCAGGGAAGCACUUAACAGGAUCCUGCUGACGAGGGGAGAGCCUCCACUAUACAGUUUGAGUGAAGUAGAAGCACGGAUAUACAGAGAUGCCAAGGAGUGCCUAAAUCUUCUAUCAAACAGAUUGGGAACAUCUCAGUUUUUCUUUGGAAAUAUGCCUACAACCUUAGAUGCCUUUGUAUUUGGUUUUCUCGCACCUCUUUAUAAAGUGCACUUCCCUAGAGUCCAAUUACAAGAGCACUUGAAACAGCUUUCCAACCUGUGUCGCUUCUGUGAUGACAUCCUGAGUGGCUACUUUAGACUUAACGUUACAGGCUUCUCUCCAUCUGGACAGGAUACGGUAGAUGCAAAUCUACAGAAACUCACACAGCUUGUAAAUAAGGAAUCCAACUUGAUUGAAAAGAUGGACGACAACCUUCGUAAGAGUCCUCAACAUCCCCCUCGGAAGUUGACAACACUCAAGCUUAGUGCAGCAGGAGAUGAAAGCAGUUAA